AAGUUCGGCCUACCCAUGGCUUUCACCAUCACCAUGCUUUCUUGGAGUGCACUGGAGUUCCCCGGACGCAUGCCUGAUGAGCUGGAUCGUGUUCGUGAAGCGGUGCGGUGGGGCACUGACUACCUCCUCAAAGCCUCUACCUCCCUCCCGGAUGCGCUCUACGUGCAGGUUGGUGACUCAAUAGUAGACCACAAGUGUUGGCAGCGUCCAGAGGACAUGGAUACACCACGGACAGCCUACAAGGUCACCCCUUCAAACCCUGGCUCGGAGGUAGCAGCUGAGACGGCCGCUGCCUUUGCAGCUGCCUCCCUCGUUUUCAAGAAGAUUGAUCGCGACUACUCCAAGACUCUCUUGAGAACAGCCAAGAUGGCUUUUACAUUCGCCAAUGAAAAUCGAGGAAAUUACAAUGACUCCCUCCCAUCCGUCGUCUGUCCAUUUUACUGUUCACAUUCCGGUUACCACGAUGAACUUCUUUGGGGAUCUGCAUGGCUUUAUAAGGCCACACGUAAUUCUUCCUAUCUCGACUUUGCCCGGUCCGUUCUCAUUGACGAUGAUUGCGAUACGUUCAGCUGGGAUAACAAGCUUCCUGGUGCUAGAGUGCUCCUUUCUCGGGUAAGCUUGGGAUUGGUGGUGAGAGUGCAAAACUUCCACUGGUGGAAGGGAGCGGAGAGGUUUGCAUGCAGUAUCUUACCAGAAUCGCCGACUGUGUCAGUGAAGUAUACACCGGGUGGGCUCAUGUACAAGAUGAAAGGUAGCAAUCUGCAGUACGUGACGUCCUCAACGUUUCUGUUAUCAACCUAUGCAAGAUACUUGAAGUUUUCUGAUAGAACCUUCAAGUGUGGUAGUUUGGUUGUUACUCCCAUCCUUUUGAGGAAACAAGCUAAAAAACAGGUGGAUUAUAUUUUGGGAGAAAAUCCAAAGCGAAUGUCAUACAUGGUGGGCUUUGGAGACCGAUUUCCCCGACAUAUCCACCAUAGAGCUUCUUCCCUCCCUAGUAUCCAGCAGACUUCAGCACCCAUCGGUUGCAAUGAGGGUUUCACCUCCUUGAACAGCCCCGACCCGAACCCGAACAUAUUGACUGGAGCGAUCGUUGGUGGGCCAGAUCUAUCAGAUGAGUUCGAAGACAACCGCCAUAACUUUGCCCAAUCAGAGCCCGCAACUUACAUCAAUGCCGCAUUGAUAGGCCCACUCUCUUACUUAGCUGUUAAAUUCCCUUCGUAGAUUUAUUUGCUAUCGUAAAGAGCUGAAUGUUUGAUUGUAUCAGAGAAGCGUUGGAUUGAUAUUUUGAAUUGGUAGAUGGGCUGGCGUUUUUUUUCAUUUUCGGACCAUUGUGAUGAAAAUUUUGUAGGUUGAUAAUGGUCUGGGAUAGUCUGAAGAUGCACACACGUGAGAAAACAAUCCAUUCAGGUGGGCCGAAAUUUGCAUGUAAAGACUAUUCUCACGGUGUUAUCUACUAUGUGGGCUCCACAUGAAUGAGGAAUGAAGAAAUGAGAAUUGAUCAAUGGGCACCCAUGAUCAUUAGGAACGAGAAUUAAGGUCCACUGAUCAGGUGGGC